AAAAAAGACAAAUGAAAACCCUCAUUAUUACUCUUUCUCUCUUCUGCUUACUUUUAGCAGCUCCAAAAUGGCAUGAAUUAUCAUCUGAAUACACAUUCGAUUAAUACAUAUCUGAUUACUCCAAAAACUACGCAAAAGGAACCCGUGAAUACGAUUAAAGAAAGAUUAUAUUCGAAUCUAAAUUAUAAGAAAUUCUCUCUCACAAUUAAAAUACUUCCCAUACAUACAAAAGAGGUAUAAACGCCUUCACUGACAUGUCCCAUUAAGAAUUUAAAUAAUCCAAAUUAGGUUACUCUAAAGGUUUCAGAUCUUCCCGUAACUAAUAAUUCAGACAAUUAUUAUUAAACAACAAAAAAUUACUCCUGAACAAAUCGCUGAACUCCCCAAGAGCGUUGACUGGAGAGAUCAUAACGUAGUAUCUCCUGUAAAGGAUUAAGGACACUGUGGUUCAUGCUGGGCUUUCGCAACUGUUGCAGUAAUUGAAAGUCACGCCGCUAUUUCUGCCGAUAAACACUUGAAAGUUCUCUCUACUGAAUAAUUAGUUAAUUGUAUGUCCAACGAAAUGUAAUGUGGUGGUUAAGGCGGAUGUAAUGGAGCUGUAGCUGAAUUAGGUUUCAAUUACGUCUAAUUAUUUGGACUUACUUCUGAAUAUAAAUACCCUUAUUAAUCUUACUAAGGAAAAUCCAGCUAAUGUACCUGGGAUCAUGCUACCAUGACUCCUGAAGUCACAGUUGAUGGCUAUCUUAAAUUACCCGUAAAUUCAUACGAGCAUCUUUUACAUGCAAUUGCUACUGUUGGUCCUAUAGCUAUUUCUGUCGAUGCUUCAAAAUGGCAUGAUUAUGAAGAAGGUGUCUAUAGCGGAUGUGAUGUUACUUAAAAUAUAGAAAUCGAUC